CAGGUGGAUUAUGGGAAGUCACAGCAAUUUACGCCGACGUAUAAAGUACGUGAAUUACGUAGCGUAUCUAAUCAGGAAUCGCACUUUGUUUUGUUUUCGCGUGUUUUGUUUACACGCAUGUUCCCGUUAGCAUUGUUAGCUUAGCAGGUCAAAGGUCAUGGGACAGCGGCCGAGUCUUCACUUUCAGGUCUGACGUCAUUGAGACGCGUGUUUUCUGGGACUGUGCGUCACCAGGACAACCAGAUCCACGUGAAACACGAGCCGAUGAGUCCACGAGGAAGUGACACGUCACGCGGAGGUCGUAGAUUAUUCUGAUGAUCUUCAUUCCGAGAUUCACAACUGUGCUCCCUGUGAGAAGCCAUGUUUCCUGUCGACUUUCCAGAUGUGACCGACACUGACCUGACAUCAGCCUCUGAACGGUUUCUCUCUUCUCUGGAGUCCAGACCUCCUGAUAACGAGUGGUUUGGGUUGUCACAGACGUCCAAAGUGGAGAUCUCGUCAAACAACGUGAGGCUGCUGCGGCUGUUUGAGGAGGACGGACCCGACUGUGCGGUGCUGGCUCUUCAUCCUCCUGAUGAUCCAACGCAAGUGGUGGCAUUAUACCUGCGUGAGAAGUGGUGGCGUGUGGAUGACAUCUUACGGACGUCCGGCAAAUCCAGAUGUGGUUUGGUGUCGGUGGAGUCGCUCAUGGAGAGGCUAAUCGUGUUCCUGCUGAGUCAGGUAGUGGAGAGGUCUUCACAGGAGGGGGCGCUGUUCUCCUUGCACCCCUGCACAGAGAGUUGCAAACUGCUGUGGACGGACAGCCAGGCCGUCGGCUUCUACUCCGUCAAACACAAAGGCAGCCUGUGCGACGGCCGGAGCGCUCGCUGUUACCUGCUGCCUGUCCUGGACACCGUGCUGGUGAGGAGGAGCCGGAGGAGGAGAGGCUUCGCUCUUCAGAUGCUCCAGGAUUUCUGCUCCUCAUUCGCCACAGAAGAGUUUCUGGGCGUCAGCUCUCCGUUAUCACCCAGCAUGGCGGCAGUGUGCAGGAAGUUCCUGCAGCAGCACGAGGAACACCGGGAGCGUCUGUACGAGGUGGAGGCUCCAGGCGGCUGGGCUCAACGACGAAACAUCUGGCUCAACAUCCAGUUCGGACGCUACUCCCUCAGUGCAGAUGAUAUUUAACUCUGUUGUGCUGCCAUGUCUUUAAGAUUUUCAUCAUCAUGCUACAUAAGUGAAAAUACUUCCUGAGGAUUCCAGAGUGUUCUGUGCUUAUCUACAUUUAAUUCUAUUUCUAUUUUCUACAAAUGAAACUUUAUUAUGGGCACAUGUAGUUUAAUGUCAUAGUGUUGAUCCAGUGGUGGGAUCGGUGCUCAGACUCUUACAGGUCCAGUGUGUAAGACUCCGGUGAAAGAGAAUCUAAAAUAAUCCUGCUGAUGUUUUUACUUUGUGAACCAAAAGUAGUUUUACAUGUGUUUUAUACUAAAUCAUCAUAAAGUUGACUUCACCUGAUGAUUCUUAU